CCAUCGGUGUUUUGCCAGCUCUAUGUUGUUUUUUUGGUCGCGGCUGUUUGACGUUUCUUCUGUGCGUUUUGUUUAUAAUAUAUAAAAUCCGACAUUAUAGCUAACGAGACUUCGUGCGCAACAACCACUACGGUAAAUACAAAAACCGUGAACGCACGACCAAAUAGAAUUCGAUUGCCUUUGCGGCCGCGAAAUUCUGAUGACGUCGCCGUCUUAUAGGGCGUAAAAGCAAAAGCAAACAAACGAGAAAAAGCGAAACGUGUAAACGGCGUAGAAGCGAUAAACGCGAAUCAAAUACGCAGCAGAUGAAAUACAACAAAAAAGGUCACGAGAAUAAUUGUUCAUAUUUUGGCAUAUUUUUGCAAGUGUUAACGCCAGUGCUAGUGCUUGUGUGUGUUUGAAAGAAAUAAACCAAUCGAACAGUAAAUGCAGCGCCGCAAAAAUGAGCAACCUGACGCUAAACAACAUGGUCAACGUAACGCAGCAGGACCUACACGAUCUAUUGGAAACUUUCGAAAAAAAGUCCUUCGAGGCGGUGGCCUUUGAGGAAGGAACGGCGGAGUACGACAUCUCCAAGAAAUGCGAAUACCUGUUUAAACUCGACUACAGCCUCAUCGAGUUGGACAACACGAAUGGUCUGCUCAGUCCCCGCUAUCCUGGCCGAAUACUCAUCCCAGAAUGUGAGCACGGGCACAUGGCCAAGACGCUGGUACCGGGAAACGGACUGUUUGGGCCAGCAGGCGGGGGAUUGGGAGGAGGCUCCUCUGGAACAACGGCUUCGGCCACACCGCUCAACAGCAGUGCAGGAAGCACCGGUAGCGAGGGUGUGGGCAUCCAGGCCUUCGUCACCUUUGCCAAUCCUGUCCAGACCCAACAGCAACAGCAACCUCUCCAGCAGCAAUACCCCAUGCAGCAGUCGCAUCCCCUCCAUCAGCAAUAUCCCUCCCAGCAGUCGCAUCCCCUCCAGCAGCAGCAACAGCAGUCAUCGCAACAGCCACCCCAGAACACAAUAUAUGAGGACCAGUACGAUAUCCAAAGGAUGCGGGAGUUGGUCACGAUGGCCAAGUACGCGAGAUGUCGGCAAAGAUUCGCCGUGCCCGUGAUCAUGUACCGCGGAAAGUACAUCUGCCGGUCGGCCACGUUAUCUGUAAUGCCGGAAACGUACGGCCGGAAGGUGGUGGACUACGCGUACGACUGUCUUAGUGGCGGCAAUUAUACGGCGCCAAACGGCGAGGAGAACGAUGCGGACUCCACGGAUGAGUCGCUCAUCACCCACAUGCACGACCAGGCGCAGUCGCAAUUCAGCUACGACGAGGUCAUCAAAAGCGACAUCCAACUACUCCACACACUCAACGUCUCCACCAUUGUGGACCUCAUGGUGGAGAACCGCAAGAUCAAAUACUUCAUGGCCGUUUCCUCAUCGGAGAAGGCGGAUCCGAACAAGCAUUACAAAAGCUUUAACCUGCUAUCCCUGCCGUAUCCGGGCUGUGAGUUCUUCAAAAAGUUCCGGGACAACAACUACAUGGCGCGCAACCUGCACUACAACUGGAAGCAGUCGUUCAACGAUGCGAAUAUCAACAUUCCCAAUAUGGGACCCGCAGCGGACAUCGAUGUGGUGUGGCCGGAGUACCGAGAUUGGGAUCUGGUGGCCAUAACCCAAAACUACUUGAGGGCCACGCUGAAGUACGUGCAGGAGGAGAGCUCUGGAAUUCUGAUUCACUGCAUUAGCGGCUGGGAUCGUACUCCGUUGUUUGUGUCCCUGGUUAGGUUGUCACUGUGGGCCGAUGGGCUCAUCCACCAGUCGCUGAACGCCAUGCAGAUGGCGUACUUUACACUGGCGUACGAUUGGUAUUUGUUCGGCCACCAACUACCGGAUCGCCUUACGGGGGAGGACAUCAUGUUCUUUUGCUUCCAUGUGCUCAAGUUUAUCACGGACGAGGAGUACAGCAUCGUGGAGCAUCGGAAACGCACCAAGACAUCAAGCAGCAGCGGCAGUAGUGUCAUUGUAAUCAAAUCCGACUGCUGCGACGAUGAACCGCUCAAGGAAGACUACAUCCUGGCCUUCGAUCAAGAUAGCAACGACAGCUACUCAAACUGUUCCAACUGUGAUAUGUCUAUAACAGAUAACUUCUAUGCCACCACGCCAGCGCAAGUCAAUCCGCUGACCAGCAGGUCGCCCAAUCCAAAGCGAUCAAGAACUAGCCCAAUUUCAGUGCCCGGUUCGAAUGCCCGGCAAAGACAGGAGUCCACGUCCUCGAAUGGCAGCUGGCAGGUGGUCACCGAUACGGGCUCCAUUGACUCCAUGAUGAACGGGAGCUACAUGAUGCGGUUCGUGGCCCAACAGGCGGCAGACGGUGGCGGCUCCUCGAACAUUCCUCUAUACAAUGGCGGCAACGGCUACCACUGCAGCACUAACACAGCAUCCAGCGGCAGUGGAAGCGGAAGUGGAAGUGGAAGCAGCAUCAGCAAUGGCAGCUCAACGCACGGUUUCGCAAAUGGUUCCUCCAAAGACGUGGGCGGCAGCACUAUGGCCACUAAGCAAUGCAUUAACUUACGAAAGCAACGCUUAAAUGCAGUGCGCGCCAUCUUCAUACAAGCCUACGGCAAAACGAUUGGACUGAAAUUCAAGGAAGGAUCUUCCAUGAACCUGGCCACGUUCAUUGGCAACUUGGCGGACCAAUUGUUUUGAGAAAGCCACAGCAACAAUGAACGAUUGUUAGUUUUUUACCCACAUUGUUUGUUCUUUGUUAAGUGCUGCGCUUUCCACCAACGACUGUAUUUCAUAUAGACCUGUUGAAUUGCGUUCUUUAGUGACUGUUGACGAUUGUGUAAUGUAAAGGCUAGCUGAUUCUAAUUAAGCAUCGAACGAAGCCGGCGGCUCCUAGACAACGUGCAUGGUACAACGUCUGUCGUCCUCUUGUCCUGGUUAAUUCGCUCUCCAGUUAUAAAGAUUCUCCCGAUCCCCGCGCCUUUGUUUAGUUGUUAGUUCUUCGAGAAUGCAAAGCAAGCGAAUUACAAAAUGCGAUUUGGAUUAUACAAUAGCCUUAAGUUGUAAUUUAUAGUAAUGUAUUUUUUAAUAAACUUAUGUGCAUUUGAUACGAAA